AUUUUAGUCAUAUAAGCGAUUAAGAUAAAUCCAAACACUUGAAGAUCAAAUGGAAGUCCAUGCCAAAAAAUAGUCAAAAACGAACUUAUCGGACCCUCUGACUCUAUUCUUGAGGUGAAUCGAAAACAAAGCAACAGUCUGGUUUUUGAAGGAAUCCAACUCAAGAAUCCAUACCCACUAGGUGAUCUUGUUGUCGACAUGAAUGGGAGGGACUUUCGCAUCAAAGAUCAAUUUGAAAAUGUCGUUAGGGUUGAAGAUGUUCAAAAGCAGUUGGUUCUGAGUUCCUCUGGGGAAGUCGCCAGAAAGAAGAUUUUGAUGAAUGGGCAUGGGUUUGGUUCCAUGAAUGCUCUGAGUAAUAUUGUGACCGAUUCAUUUGCGUUUGACAUUAGUGGCUCUGUAAUUGAUCAUAGAAUUUCACCAGAAGGCAAACAAGUAUUCAAGGAUGUAAGGAGUCUAUGA